ACCUCAAAAACCCAACUCCUCCGCCGGCCAUUGCUAGCUACACCUCUCUCCGGCAAGCUACUAGCCUCACAGUCAAAGAAAGAGAAGAAGCUAGCUAGCUACUAUCUAGUCGCGAUGGGGCGGUCGCCGUGCUGCGACGGGGAGGCCGGCGUGAAGAAGGGCCCGUGGACGCCCGAGGAGGACAAGCUGCUGGUGGACUACAUCCAGGAGAAGGGGCACGGCAGCUGGCGCCGCCUGCCCAAGCUCGCCGGCCUCAACCGCUGCGGCAAGAGCUGCCGCCUCCGCUGGACCAACUACCUCCGCCCCGACAUCAAGCGCGGACGCUUCACCGACGACGAGGAGAAGCUCAUCAUCCACCUCCACUCCCUCCUCGGCAACAAGUGGUCGUCGAUUGCUACGAAGCUGCCGGGGAGGACGGACAACGAGAUCAAGAACUACUGGAACACGCACCUGCGCAAGAAGCUGCUCGGCAUGGGCAUCGACCCCGUCACGCACCGCCCGCGCACCGACCUCAGCCUGCUCGCCGGGCUCCCGGGCCUCCUCGCGGCAGCCGGUAGCUUCGGCGGCGCCGGCUCGGCCACCGGCGCCUGGGACAUGAACGCGCUCAGGCUGCAGGCCGACGCCGCCAAGUUCCAGCUGCUUCAGGGGCUCGUGCGUGCGCUCACCACCGCCGCGGUGCCCGCGCCAGCACCUGGCAUGGACAACCUCAUGGCACUCCUCGCCGCCAGCAACGGUGGGCAGAGCGGCAUGAAUAACGGUGGGCAGCACGGCGUUGACCAGAGCAUGCUGCUACAACAGUGCCAGUGGGACGGCAUGAAUAACCUACCGGCGCUGACCAACUCCGCGCCGGCGAGCGGCAUGCACAACAUCAGCGGCAUGUUCGACAGCUUCGGCGCCGGCGACGGGCUGAGCUCGACGGAGCUUGGGGGCCACGGCGGGGCGAGCGGGAGCAACGUGACCGUGGACGCGGUGGCGCCACCGCGCCCAAUGGUGGCCAACGACCAGGAGUGCAACAACAAUGGCGGCGGCGGUGUGUCGUGCGAGCAGACGCCGGCGUCGAGCCCGUUCGACGGGCUGGAGAGCCUGAACCUGAUGGAUGACCUCAACACGGACGGUAGCUGGAAGGAUUUGCUAGAGCAAAUGUCAUGGCUGAACUCAAGUGAGUUGUGAUGGGUAGAUAGAAGAGAUAUGAUCAAGAAUGCCAAAAAUAAUAAGGAAGAAGAUUGAGACUAUUAAUUGUUGGAUUUGACGCACUUUUCGGUUGAUCAAUACCGAAGAUGUCAAGUUUGUUUGUUGAUAGGGGAACAAGGUGGUUUAGUCCACACUUUUAGUCAUGUACAAAAAAGAACAGAAGGACAUACAUAUAUAUGUACACACUCACAGCAAUUAAUGUUCAUUUUUGUUUAAUUAGUUUCUUUGUUUUUCCUUUUUUUUAUGAGGUGGGGAAUAUAUGUAAUAACUAGAUUGUGACAUAAAUGGAAAGCACCUUCGUUUUUCCAGACAGCAAAGUAUGUGUGUGUAAGUGUGACUAUAUACUCAUCGUCAUUAUUUCUUGAGUAUUGCAUAAUGACGGAGGGUUUAGUUGAUUUGUUUGAACUUUCUCUUGCGUGAAGAAGCUAAACUCAGGUCGUCAUUUGAUUGGAUUGUGAUUAUAUUUUAAUCCCACGAUGUUGGUCUUGUGAGUCCAACAUUAGUCUUCACUGUGAUCAAUCUCCCAUAUGUACUUUGCGACAAUAAUUGUAUGGCUACAUAUGGUUGAUAGUCAAAUUUGCAUCAUAUGGACUACUGUAUUUUAAUUAUCUAAUUAGAGAAGACAUAGUCUACACUGUGGGCCUUCCAUUUCGCAUUAGGGUACGGUACAUAUAUAGUAGAAGAUAAGUUUGCUUUCACGUUUUAAUUAAACCAUAUAUACGUUCUAACUAAGAAAGACAACUGCAUGCAUAAUAUAUAACUUCAAGAAAAUUUAGAAUGUUUUCUCAAAAAAUAUAUAUAGCUACCUUUGAUCAAUUCCUCUGUGUGUGGGGUCUUCUCAGUCACAACGAGGUUACUUGUUGGAGGAGAAUUGACUAGCAGACACACAUCACUUGUACUACUGAAAUUAACCAGCAGGGGACAUGCAUGCAUAUAUAUGAUAGCAUGCAAACGGUAUAAUAGUAUCAAAUGAGUUAGUUGGGGUUGGACAAGGACGGGUAGCGCUCAAGCUUUAGCUUGUCAAUGUGGAGAAAGUUACCUUAUUAAUCUUCUAGAAUUUCUCCACACUAUCACUGACGACCCAGCACGAAAAUCAAGGCAAAAGAAAACACUAUCUUCAUCAAUCUAUCUAGAUAAUCCAUGGUUAACCAGAUUCAACUUGAUACUAGCUAGGACUUAUGGUAUUCUAACUGAUCGAGCUUAACUAAUCCAUUACCAAUAUAUAUCAACGCUAAGCAAUCAAUUCAUUUCGAUUUGCAAGGCAGUAGUUUCGACGCACAAAUCAAUCAAUUAAAGCAAAGGAAGAACUAACUAAACAUCCAUGUCGAUCACCGGUGCGUGUCCUCGGGGCAGUUUCU